AUGGGCCGAUGUACGAGCAUCGCUUUCCAAGCAAGUGUCCUCUUUCUUCUAGUGCCAUUGGCAGUGCACUGCGCCAAAAUCUUACUCGUGUCUGAUCCUAUAAACAGCCAUUGUUUGGAGGUGAGCUCAGUGGGACAGGACGUUUCCCUGUUGUUAGGAUCGAAUUUUAACCACAAAAAUUACUUCCGGAAAAUUAGUCAUAACCAGGAAACAAUUCACCCAAUCAUAAUUAAAAGCAAACCCGAUUUGAAGACUAUAGAACAGGCAUUGUUAGAAUUUUCUGCACUCAUGGAAAACGAGGAAUUAAACAUUUUCAAGCAUCUGGGUACAGUGGAUGAGUUUACGAAUUUAUUGUGUCAGAACCUCUUGUGGAAAAAAGAAGACUGUACCGUUCUUGGCUACCCUGUUCCCACCAUGCCCAACCAUAUUCUCGUCUGUGGUUUGGCAACCAGACCGGCAAAACCUAUAGACAAAGAAUUCGCUAAGAUUUACAACAGAUCAAAAAAGCGACAUUGUUCUGAAAAAGUGGAAAACAAUUUGGUCGAGACUCUUAAAAGGCUUAACGUUACAGUUGUGUGGAAAUAUCCGAAGCAUGAGGACUACGGAAACAUUAAGAAAGUUUCCUGGCUACCUUAGAGUGAUUUACUGGGACAUUCCACAACCAAGCUGUUCAUUAGUCACGGUGACAACGCUCUCUUUGAGGUUCUCUACCAUGGUGUGCCGACUCUAUGA